AUGAGUAUCAAGUUCAAUGUGAAUGGCUUUCCGUACGAGGUGCAUCCAGCGGACUACGCUGCGGACAUCACCCUCAACACCUUCCUGAGGGAACAUCUCCACCUGACGGCUACCAAGUACAUGUGCCUAGAGGGCGGAUGUGGCUCCUGCGUUUGUGCCAUUCAACGCCGUCAUCCCAUCACUGGUGACAUAAAAACUCAAGCCGUCAACUCGUGCCUGAUGCUGCUCAAUACCUGUAAUGAUGUGGACAUUAUAACCGACGAGGGACUGGGUAACAAGAGCAGCGGAUAUCAUCCCAUACAGAAGCGUCUGGCCAAGCUCAAUGGAACCCAGUGUGGAUACUGCUCCCCGGGAUUCGUUAUGAACAUGUACGCGCUAAUGGAGGGCAACGGAGGUCAGGUGACCAUGUCUGAGGUGGAGGACUCGUUCGGAGGCAACAUAUGUCGCUGCACCGGUUACCGACCUAUACUGGAUGCCAUGAAAUCCUUUGCCGCGGACAGCAAUAUUGAAGUGCAAGCGGAUUGUGUGGAUAUUGAGGACUCCUUCGAAUUGAUUUGUCCACGUACUGGACAAUGCUCCAGUGGAAACUGCUCCCGGAAAAUGCUACAAGUGCAGGACAACUGUCAUUGGUAUUGGCCCAAGACGUUGGCGGAGCUGUUUAAUGCCCUAGACCAGGUGCCCAUAGGAGAGGAGUACAUCAUGGUGGCGGGCAAUACAGCGCAUGGCGUAUACAGGCGUCCAAAAAAUAUACAGCACUACAUCGAUGUCAACAUGGUGCCGGACUUGAAGCAGCAUAGCAUCGAGUCAGACCACCUGCUACUGGGCGCCAACAUGUCGCUGACAGAGGCGAUGCAGGUCUUCCAACAAGCCGCGAGUCGCUCCGGCUUCGAGUAUUGUGCACAAUUGUGGAAGCACUUCAACCUGAUCGCAAACGUGCCUGUGCGAAAUAACGGAACUCUUGCGGGAAACAUUUCCAUCAAGAAGCAACAUCCAGAAUUCGCUUCGGAUGUGUUCAUCACAUUUGAGACUCUGGAUGUCCAGGUCAUAGUGCACGAGAAUGCGAAUACUCAGAGAGUUGUGAGUCUAUUGGCUUAUUUACAAGACCCCAGCCCCAAAUUGGUCAUUGGUGCCUUUCUGCUCAGAUCCUACCCCAAGGAUAAAUACUUGUUCAACACCUACAAGAUCCUUUCUCGUGCUCAGAACGUUCAUGCCUAUGUCAAUGCUGGAUUCCUCAUUGAAUGGCGUAAUAUCCAACAUCGCAUAGUCGCAUCGGCUCGUCUUUGCUUCGGAAACAUUCGUCCUGGCUUUGUGCAUGCACAGAAUGCAGAGCAGUCCUUAGUGAGUCGCGAUCUUUACGACAGCGCCACAGUGGCGCAAGUUUUCGGAGAGCUCCUAACGAGUCUGCAGCCAGUGGAAAUGCCCCCGGAGGCUUCUCCUGAAUACCGGGAGAAACUGGCCUGCUCUCUCUUCUACAAGUUUCUGUUAGGCUCAGCGCCUAAGGAAGUCGUCAAGGAGCGUCUACGCAGCGGUGGACAGUUGCUUGAACGUCCACUUUCCUCGGGAAAGCAGACAUUUGAGACCAUACCCAAGAACUAUCCAGUUACCCAGGUGGUGCAGAAACUGGAGGGCCUCGUUCAAUGUUCCGGUGAGGCCAAGUACAUGAACGAUCUGUUGACUAAUUCUAAUGCUGUACACUGUGCCUUCGUCACCGCUAAGCGAGUUGGUGCCACAAUCGAACGGGUCGAUGCUAGAGCUGCCCUCCAGUGCAAGGGUGUGGUGGCCUUCUAUACACUGCAGGAUAUUCCUGGCGACAACAACUUCAACAACACGACGUUACUUUCUGAUGAACCGGAGGAGAUCUUUGUCGCUGGACCUGUCAAGUAUUACGAUCAGCCUCUGGGUGUAAUCGCUGCGCUGACCCACGAUGUGGCUGUCUAUGCAGCUACCUUGGUUCAGGUGACCUAUGUCAAUAGCCAGGUGAAGAUCUACACUAGUAUGAAAGCUGUGCUGGCAGAUAAGGCAGAGGAUCGUAUUAAGAUAAUGACCACGAAAACUGAGGACGUCUCAAGACCAAUGCCAGAGGCUGGCGAUGUAAUAGGACGCGGCAUUUUAGAGCUGGAGUCGCAGUACCACUUCACCCUUGAGCCACAGACCACAAUAGUGGUGCCUGUCGAGGAGGGUCUUCAGGUGUUCUGCGCCACUCAAUGGAUGGAUGUGACGCAGGCUAGCAUUUCGCGUAUGCUUAAGCUGGAGGCAAAUGCGGUGCAGCUCCAGGUGCGUCGUGUGGGUGGUGCCUAUGGCGCGAAGGUGACCCGCGGUAAUCAAUUAGCCUGCGCCUGUGCUCUAGUUGCAUACAAAUUGAAUCGACCUGCGCGUUUUGUGCAAACUAUUGAAUCCAUGAUGGAGUGUAAUGGCAAGAGAUGGGCCUGUCGCUCUGAUUAUGAGUUUCAAGUUCGUGCUAAUGGAUUGAUUCGACUUCUAACCAACAACUAUUACGAGGAUGCGGGUUGCACUCUCAAUGAGAAUGUUGUUGACUUCCUGACCAGGCCAGCACUUCCAAAUGUCUACAAUCUAACCAACGUGAACUUUAAAGUAAGGGGUACAGCAAUCAGAACAGACGCGCCAAGCUCCACAUGGUGUCGUGCUCCAGGAACAGCAGAGGGCAUUGCAAUGACGGAAACGGUACUGGAGCACAUUGCCUUUGCUUGCAAACUAGAUCCGGCGGAUGCUCGUCUAGUAAAUCUGCGACCAGGCAACAAAAUGGUACAGUUGCUGCCUCGAUUCUUAGCCUCCACGGAAUAUCGAAAGCGAAGAGAUGAGAUCAACUUGUUCAAUGCCCAGAACCGAUGGCGUAAGCGGGGACUUGGACUGUCGUUGAUGGAGUUCCCUGUAAGUGUUAACAUUGCCCUCUGUUAUCCAGCGACAGUGGCCAUUUAUCACGCAGAUGGAUCUGUGGUAAUCUCCCAUGGUGGCAUUGAGAUCGGUCAGGGCCUAAAUACAAAGGUAGCUCAAGUGGCUGCAUUCACCCUGGAAGUACCAUUGGAGCGUGUACGGGUGGAGAGCACCAAUACGAUCAUGGGGGCUAAUGCAUUUGUGACAGCCAAUUCCAUGGCUAGCGAAGUUGUUGGGAUCGCAGUACGUAAAGCGUGCAACACUUUAAAGCAGCGACUGAAGCCGGUAAAGCAAAAGUUGGGCCCGAAAGCCAAGUGGGAGCAGGUAGUUGAAGCGGCAUUCAACCAAUCGAUCAGUCUGAUUGCAACGGAGUCUUUUAAAAUGGGAGAUCAACCCAAUUACAGUGUAUUUGGCUUGAGUCUUAGUGAGUUGGAGCUGGACAUUCUGACGGGCAAUCACUUGAUUCGCCGUGUGGAUAUCCUAGAAGAUGCAGGCGAGAGUCUCAGUCCCAACGUUGAUGUUGGACAGGUAGAGGGUGCCUUCGUCAUGGGGUUGGGCUACUACCUUACAGAGCUCUUGCUAUACGACCGACAGACGGGUCGCAUUCUCACUAAUCGCACCUGGAACUAUCAUCCGCCGGGUGCCAAGGAUAUACCCAUUGAUUUUCGAAUCGAGCUGCUGCAGAAGAGCCCCAAUCCUGUUGGUUUCUUACGCUCCAAAGCAACCGGUGAGCCAGCCUUCUGUUUGGCCGUCGGCGUGCUCUUUGCUAUGCAGCAUGCAAUACAAUCUGCCAGAGAGGACGCUGGACUACCCAGGGAAUGGGUUCGCCUCGGUGCACCCACCACACCAGAGACGGUGGUUCUAUCGGCAGGAAGCGAAGUACAUCAGUUUGCACUUCAAUAGAUUUAAAACUAUGUUACAUACUUAGGGAAUUAAGGAUUUGAAUUGUUGUUUACAUAAUAAAAUGUAUUCUUAUUA